AUUAUUUCAUUUUUUUUUUGGAAUUUAUGGAUUUUUAUCGAACAUUUAAAUAGUUCAAGUAAAACUUUUGAACUAGGUAGUGCUUUAAUCAUUGUGAAUUUUGAUUAUGUGCCGAAAAUAAAAAUUCCUUUUUUGAUGACUAUAUUUACAAAUAUACUAUUGUGUUCCAGAUUAAAUAUUGUUUUAUGCGCUAUUUAAUGUAUCUGUGUUAUAAAAAAAAAUGGAAAACAGAGUGUUACAUAAAUUAUAAUAUUUUCUUAUUUACAUACGAAAUAACUUAAUACGUAAUAUAACUUGAUUUAUGUAUUUUUGUACAUACUCGUUCGUAUAUGAAGUAAGGAUAUAAAAAAUAUAAAAUAAAACAUAGUUAUCAUAUUAGCCAAAGAUGUGGCAACGCUCGAAAAUUGUUUAUAAUAAAUUUAUGCCAAGACAAAGAAAGGUUAUCUUACUUAACCAAAAACAAGUAAGGUUUACUUCAAAAUCUACUGACUCUACAAUUACAAAUUUAGAUGAUUGUCCUCCAAAAGAAGCACAAGUGGUUAUAUGUGGUGGUGGUGUUAUGGGAGGUGCAGUUGCUUAUCAUUUAUCCUUAAUGGGAUUAGGAUCUGAAACUGUUCUUGUAGAAAGUGGCAGAUUGGGAGGUGGUACUACAUGGCAUGCAUCUGGUCUAGUUGGUGCUUUUAAACCAAGUUUAGCACAAGUGAAAUUAGCACAAGAUAGCAUAGCAUUAUAUAAACAUUUAGAAGGAAAAGGUCUUUCUACUGGUUGGAAACAAUGUGGUAGUCUUUCUUUAGCACGUACAAGAGACCGUAUGACAGCAUUUCGACGAAUGAAAGCUCAAUCUGUAUCACGAAAUAUCGAAUGUUACUUAGUUUCACCAGAAGAAGCCAAACAAUUGUGUCCAUUAUUACGCGUAGAUGAUCUCAUUGGUGGAUUAUGGAUUCCUGGGGAUGGAGUAGGAGAUCCAUAUCAAAUAUGUUUAUCACUGAUUAAAGAAGCCAAAAACAAAGGUGUUAGAGUUUAUGAAAACUGCAAAGUCACUAAGAUUAUUAAUCAAGAAAAUCGUGUAAAAGCUGUUGAAACCACACAUGGCACAAUAAAAUGUGAACAUUUUGUAAAUUGUGCUGGGUUUUGGGCACGUAAUGUAGGAAAACUAAGUGAACCAUAUGUAAAGGUUCCUCUUCAUCCAGUGGAGCAUUAUUAUUUGCAUACAAAGCCUGUUAAUGGUUUAGAUCCUAUGACACCAGUAAUACGUGAUCUAGAUGGGUACAUCUACUUCAGAGAAAAUAAUGGUUGUAUAUUAGCAGGUGGUUUUGAACCAGUUGCAAAACCAGCAUUUGAAGAUGGGUCAAUACCUGAAAGUACUGAUGACAGAUUCCUACCUGAAGAUUGGGAUCAUUUUCAUAUUUUAUUAGAAGAAAUGCUUCAUAGAAUUCCAAGUUUAGGAAAUGUAAUUUUAGAAAAAUUAUGCAAUGGUCCUGAAGCAUUUUCUCCAGAUUGUAAAUGGAUCGUUGGAGAAGCUCCAGAAAUACGUAAUUAUUACGUAGCCGCUGGUAUGAAAACAGUUGGUAUAUCAGCUGCUGGUGGAGUCGGUCGUGCUACUGCAGAAUUAAUAGUUAAUGGAUCAACUUCAUUAGAUAUGUAUGAAUUAGACGUUUCUCGUUUUCUUGGUUUACACAAUAAUCGUAAGUUUUUACGCGAUCGAGUAAAGGAAGUACCUGGAAUGCAUUAUGCGUUACAAUAUCCUCAUCAUGAAUUUAAAACUGGCAGAAAUUUAAGAAUGUCACCAAUUUAUCCAAAGCUUAGAGAAGCUGGUGCUGUCUUUGGUCAAGUAAUGGGAUAUGAACGACCAUCUUGGUUUCAACCUCUUAAUGAAAGUGAUUUAGAUUCAACUGAUAUAUUCCAGAAUUAUAAAUUGGCAUAUACAAAUACGUUUAGCAAGCCACCAUGGUUCGAACGAGUUAGUUUGGAGUAUGCAACUUGUCGAGAAUCAAUUGGGCUCAGUGAUUAUUCUUCUUUUACUAAGAUCGACUUAUGGUCUAACGGGAUGGAGGUAGUAGAUUUAUUGCAGUAUUUAUGUUCAAACGACGUUGAUGUACCUGUGGGCAGUAUCAUCCAUACCGGAAUGCAAAAUUAUCGCGGUGGUUAUGAAAAUGAUUGCAGCUUAGCACGUAUUGCACCAAAUCACUAUAUGAUGAUUGCACCAACUAUCCAACAAACACGCUGUAAAUACUGGAUUAGUAGGCAUUUGCCAUCCGAUGGUUCUGUUGCUGUAUCUGAUGUGACAUCAGCAUACACUGCAAUUUGUAUUAUGGGACCGGCUACGAGACAAUUAUUGAGUGAAUUAACUGACACAGAUUUAAAUCCUAAGAACUUCCCAUUUUUCACAUUUAAAGAAUUAGAUGUCGGUCUUGCCAAUGGAAUUCGUACAAUGAAUUUAACACAUACUGGAGAAUUGGGCUAUGUCUUGUAUAUUCCAAAUGAAUUUGCGCUGCACGUUUACACGAGAUUAAUAGAAGCUGGUGAAAAGUAUGGAAUAAAGCAUGCUGGUUAUUAUGCAACACGAGCAUUAAGAGUGGAAAAAUUUUAUGCAUUUUGGGGUCAGGAUUUAGAUACUUUUACUACUCCUUUGGAAUGUGGCCGUGCAUGGAGAGUAAAAUUUGAUAAAGGUGUUGAUUUCAUAGGACGAGAUGCGCUUUUAAAACAACGUGAAGAAGGAGUAAAACGUAAAUACGUCCAAUUACUGUUAAAUGAUCAUGAUCUUGAAUUUGAUACAUGGUGUUGGGGUGGUGAGCCAAUAUAUCGAAAUGGAAAAUAUUGUGGUAUGACAACUACUACAGGCUAUGGUUUUACAUUUAAAAAACAGGUUUGUCUCGGAUUUGUACAAAACUUUGAUUCGGAGGGUCGGUCACAAGAAGUAACAAAUGAAUAUGUAUUGUCAGGCGAUUAUGAAGUGGAUGUUGCAGGAAUAAAGUUUCACGCAAAAUGCCACUUGCACAGUCCAAAUUUACCUACAAAGUUCCCUGAUAAGGAAAGAGAUGCGUAUCACGCGACACGUGAUCAGCAAACUUUGUAAUUUCUUGUAAGCGUAAGCUUUCGAUUUCUGUACAAACAAUGUAUGUAGAAAGUUUAAUAAAUUAUUUAAUAAGUGUCAUUCAUAAA